AUGAGUUGCGGCGUUUCAAGCAGACCUACCAUGAGGCGCUGCUUCAUUUUGAUGCACAGGUUGGUUCACUGCAGCGGGUUGUGCAGGAGGCCGUGCGUGGGGCACACGAAGCCGCGCAGCGAAGUGCAGAGACUGUCGUGGAGCGACUCGAGGCGUGGCGCGCAGACACACUGCGUACGGGAAAUGAGGAGCCGCAAGCGGCGGAGGGCGAGAAAGAAGAGGCAAGGAGAGGAAAGGACGGAGGUGCGGAAGAGGAAGAGGCGUUGGCGCUUUCGCGGGGCUACGAGCAGGAGGCGGUGCGGCUUGUGA